CAGCCGAGGACCAGACGCCCGGGCUGCUCCUGCUCUAGUGCCGAGGCUGCGUUGAGAUUAAAAAAUAAAUAAAAUAAAGGAGAGAAGGAAGGAAGGAAGGAAGAGAAGGAAGGAAAAGAACCAUGGACUCCAGGCUGCUCGUGGGGCCGGGGAUACCCACCACCAAGACGCCCCCCUGGGUCAACAUCAGCCGCUAUGACCCCCACCGGCUCCAGGAUUUAGCCCCGAUUUCUACAACUGUGUCCACUGUGCCAAGUUACCCCUUCCCCACCGCCGACGUCCCAGACCACGCCCACUACAUCAUCGGGGUGGUCAUAUUGUUUGUGGGCAUCACGGGCAUUCUGGGAAACUUCCUGGUUGUAUACGCUUUUUGCAGGAGCCGAAGUUUGCGCACUCCUUCCAACAUCUUCAUUAUAAACCUGGCAAUCGCAGACUUCCUCAUGUGUAUCACCCAGACGCCCACCUUCUUUGUGAACAGCAUGCACAAACGCUGGAUCUUUGGCCGCAAAGUGUGCGAGUUGUAUGCCUUCUGUGGCGCGCUCUUCGGGAUCUGCAGUAUGAUUACGCUGAUGGUGAUUGCGGUGGACAGGUACGUGGUGAUCACCCGCCCCCUGGCCUCUCUGGGGGUCAUGUCCAGAAAGAAAGCCCUGCUCAUCUGCGCCGUGGCCUGGGUCUACUCCAUGGGCUGGAGCCUGCCCCCGUUCUUCGGCUGGAGCGCGUACGUUCCAGAGGGGCUGAUGACUUCCUGCUCGUGGGACUACAUGACCUUCACGCCUCUGGUCCGCUCUUACACCAUGCUCCUCUUCACCUUCGUCUUCUUCAUCCCUCUGGGCAUCAUCAUCUUCUGCUACUUCUGCAUCUUCAGGGCCAUACGACACACUACCAGGGCAAUAAGCAAGAUAAACUCCCACGGAACCAGGGACUCGGCGAAAAGGUUCCACAAAAUGAGGAGCGAGUGGAAGAUGGCCAAAAUCGCCCUGAUCGUCAUUCUGCUGUUCGUGAUCUCGUGGGCCCCGUACUCCUGCACGGCCCUCACCGCCUUUGCUGGGUACGCGGAUCUGCUGUCUCCUUACAUGAACUCCAUACCAGCUGUGAUCGCCAAAGCCUCCGCCAUCCACAACCCCAUCAUAUACGCCAUAACGCACCCCAAGUACAGAUCUGCCAUCAGCCGUUACGUGCCCUACCUCGGAGCUCUGUUGUGCAUGAGGCCCAGAGACCGCUUCACCAGCAGCAGUUUCCAGUCCACGCGGCGCUCCACCAUGGCCAGCCAAUCAGAAUCCACGCAUCCCAGCAAAAUCCCGUCCUCCCUGUCUGAGAGCGAUUCAGCGAGGUUUUCGGAUACGGAAGACGACUUGUCCGCGCCCUCCUCGGCCAGUCGACAGGGCUCUGCGGAGGUCAGACAGGUGCGGCGGCAGAGCCAAAGGUCGAGGUUGAAAGUUUACGGAGCGGACAAACAAGCGGGAUAUGACAACUCGGACCUCAGCAUGUGUCAGCUUUCACAGAUAUCAAGUGUGACGGACACUGAAGACAUCUCUCUGUCAGAUUUGAGUCUCCAGCCGACCAGCCUCCUCCCUGCAGCGACUGACACACUUCAGAGACCAGCGGCCAAUAAAGCAUCUGUCAUCGUCACGUCCAUCUCCAGCCCCUCCAUUUUGGACAGUCCUCCCGGUUACCACGGCAACUUCAAAAUAGCCAAAACGUGCAGCGGCAUCGCCAAGGACCCUCUGGACAUCGCGCGGUUAGAGGCUACGGCUUUACCAUGACGCCAACGGAAAUACAGACAUAAGUGACAAGUGUGCAAUCUGUACGUGUGAAUGGGAGUGUUAUCGUAGUAGCUCUUAUAUUACGCUUUUUUCUUUUUUUUUU